UCAGAGAGACGCCUGGUUUCUAGGCAACACAUGUAAACGUUGAAGAAUGACUUUGGUAUUUAGGCUAGAAAGGAAAUACAAAAAGCGGACAUAUCUCCAACUUAUACAUGUUCUUAGAUUGAAACAUAUGUUAAUGUUGGAUAUUUUAACUGAAACCUCUGGUGAGAAAUACCUUGAACAAGAUGCUUAACGACGAUGAACAUUGGAGCAAUCUGACAAGAGUGCCCGAUUUUCAAAAGCAGUGCUGCUGUGGAGGUGCACAGAGUGGUGUUGUCUCUAAGAAGAAAGCAGAUGGAGUGGAUCAUCCAUUUCCAAACAAGCCUGUAAUCCACAGACGGCCACAUAAGACACAAGUUCCUCUUGGUUUGGAUGGUUUUGACAAAAUUUGUAUUUCAACACAACAAAGAGGUGAUUUUUUGCCCAAAGAAUAUCAUGCUGAUGUCACCAGAAAGACCACAGAAUCAAGGAAAUCCUCCCAAAGAAUUUCCGGUGGUGUGCUGGGAAUGGCCAGAGCAAUUCAUGCCAAAGAGCUAAUACUGCUGGAGAAGCUGGGGAAGGUUGAGAAAAAAAUAAGGCAAACAAACCAGAGGGACAGUGCAGACACAGAAACAGGUGAUGUGUUCAAGAGCAGAGAGGAGAGGCAACACAGCAGAGAAAGCAAACGGGAAACAGCUCAAAGAGCCAGGAUGUCUGACUAUGAGGACAUGGCAGAAGCAGGCUGGCAUGACGACUUUACAAUACCCACAAAUAAAGAAGAACCCGGGACUGAAGACAGAAUGAGGAAUACAUAUGAAGUACAGAAGGUCAGAUGGCAAGUCAGUCAGCAAGUGAACAGCAUACACAAUAAACCAAGACUCCAGAAUGCAAAUGAGCCACUCAGAAGAAAAAAUGGAGGUGAAAAAAGUUACAAAAUGUGGGGAAAAAAGGAUGAAAAUUACAAUGAACAAAACAAGGCCUAUCUGGAAAACACAACUUUGACAAGAGAAAAGAAAUGCAAAGAAAAACCACAUAAGAAUGCCAUAAAUUCAGAUGAUAAACAGAAUAUACAACAGAAGAGUCUUCACAAACCUGUUCAAAGAAUGGCCACAGAAACCCAAAGAAGUGCGGAAAGAAAACUGUCUACAGAACGAGCUCCAGUAUUUGUUUCUAAUUUUUCUCAGAGAAGCAUAGAGCAACAACAGGCAGAGCUUGCGAUCAGUGACAACUUCCCGCUUCUUCCCUGCACAAUCUGCAACAGAAUGUUUAGAAGUGACAGACUGGAGACACAUGUCCAGAUCUGUAAAAAACUGAAAAGACCUCGUCCAGUUUAUAACAUGUCUGCUCAUAGGAUAAAAGGAACAAGUUUAGAGGAGUACUUUGGAACUCACACCAGAAGCGAAAGUCCAGAGGUUGCAACAAGAAAGAAACGACAGAAUCACAGGGGAAAGAUAUGACCUCUGAAAGGGUCAACUCCCGGCUGGAAAAUAAAGGUCAAGAUGGUCCAAACAAAAUAUGGAGCUUUAGACAUCUUACUAUCACAUGGCCCCAUCCCAAAUAACUCUGUUGAACAACGUAUUGUCUUAUUAUUACAGUGUGAAUCCUUCAGUGUUCAAGGAAUUUUCCUUUCCUCGUAAGAAUGUGAAAACUCUUAAUGUAAAAAAUAAAUGUUCACAAUUUUA